AUGAACCAUCAACAUCUGCAACAAGAACCAUCAACAUCUGCAAAGAGAACCAUCAACAUCUGCAAAGAGAACCAUCAACAUCUACAACAUGAACCAUCAACAUCUGCAACAAGAACCAUCAACAUCUGCAAAGAGAACCAUCAACAUCUACAACAUGAACCAUCAACAUCUGCAAAGAGAACCAUCAACAUCUACAACAUGAACCAUCAACAUCUGCAAAGAGAACCAUCACCAUCUGCAAAGAGAACCAUCAACAUCUGCAACAAGAACCAUCAACAUCUUCAAAGAGAACCAUCAACAUCUGCAAAGAGAACCAUCAACAUCUGCAACAAGAACCAUCAACAUCUGCAAAGAGAACCAUCAACAUCUGCAAAGAGAACCAUCAACAUCUACAACAUGAACCAUCAACAUCUGCAAAGAGAACCAUCAACAUCUGCAACAAGAACCAUCAACAUCUGCAAAGAGAACCAUCAACACCUGCAACAAGAACCAUCAACAUCUGCAAAGAGAACCAUCAACAUCUGCAAAGAGAACCAUCAACAUCUGCAACAAGAACCAUCAACAUCUGCAAAGAGAACCAUCAACAUCUGCAAAAGAACCAUCAACAUCUGCAACAAGAACCAUCAACAUCUGCAAAGAGAACCAUCAACAUCUACAAAAGAACCAUCAACAUCUGCAAAGAGAACCAUGAACGCCUCACCAGGUGCUUGGACUCACCGGUCUUUGAAGGACCUGAACUGCUCCUCCUUCUGCUCCAGAGCAGAUCUGUGGAACAGAGGCCUCUUUGUUUAA